ACACCACGAUACCAGAUCGAGAAGCCGUUGUUGGACAGUUGUGAUUGAUUGAUUCCCUAUCCAUCGUUCUCAGCUGUUGCUUCUUCCAUCGAUCGAAAGAUCGAACUCUUAACGGAGUCGUCGUUCGAUUCUUCCGUUGAAACUGGAAUACUGUCCUCGCAACGCGAUCGAUCUCUCUCCAUCGGGUUCCUACCAGUACUGUGCAGUGAGAAUGGGGGCAAUUAAGGGCGUCCUGCUGAUGUUUUUCGCAGCUUCGGUUCCGCAGGUGUUUGGCCUCCCUGUCACGGCGCCUGCCUUUAUGUGGUCGCCCGAUCAUUACGGAUCAUUAACUUAUGACAAGAAAGAACUUGUUGUCUACCAAACAAUCACCCCAAAGGAUUUAACUGGAUUGGUUUUGUCAGAAGGAGGUUGGUCAGACUUAGUGUGUUCUCAAGGAGAUGUAGAUGAGAAUAUUGAUGUAGCUAUCCUUUUCAUUGGAAGAAAGUUGCAAUCAUCAGAUAUCUCCAGUGACAAUGUAGAAGACCCUUCUUUGAUAGAAGUGCUGAAGCUGGCAUUCACCACGUCAAAUAUCUCUAUGGCAUUUCCAUAUGUUGCAAUUGAUGAACAGGAGACAUUGGAAGACUCUUUGGUAAAAGGUUUGACAGAGAAUUGUGGACACAGAUCAGGAGUGAAUCGUAUUGCCUGCUUGAACACUUGUUCCAUUAAUGGAGGAAACAUUGCAAAACUUGAAGGCUUGCAUUCACUUAAUGGCUUUUUUGAUUCAAGAAAGAGUGGGAAGACCGACUUGAUUGUUAUUUGUCAUGGAAGUUCCGAAGAGUCAGAUAACAUUCGCUCUGAAGGGGAGGUUCUGUUGGACAUAGUUAAUUUACUAAAGCAGUUUGCUGCCAAGUACACAUUUCUUUAUGCUUCCAGACCUCACCGGAUUAAGUAUCCUGCUCAUUUGGCAGUGCGGUAUCUUGAAGAAGACGCUGGCAAUUCAUCUACAAACUCAACUUGUGAUGGAGUUUGCCAAUUGAAGUCAUCACUCCUCGAAGGAAUAUUUGUUGCAAUUGUUCUACUUAUAAUAUUGAUAUCAGGUCUAUGCUGCAUGGCUGGAAUUGACACACCCACAAGGUUUGAGACUCCCCAAGAAUCUUGAGAUGGUAUAUCAUAGAAUUUUGUGGGAACUGAAUCUGCAAACUUAUCAACUUUUUUAUCUCGAUAACCGUCAUGUGGGUUGGUUUUGCCAAUCAAUAAUACACUUCUGGUAGCUUAUGUACAUGAGCAAGGAUUUUGUUCUUUAAAACUUUGACCCGUCAGAGGUCAAAGGCAAACACUUCAUGUUGUAUUAUGAGUUUAUAUUGCUUUAAAAAAAAGAAACAUUUCACACUUUUGGAA